GAAUUCGAGAUCCUAUAUGCAAAGUGUUGGAUAAAAAUUUUAAUAUAACGAUACCAACACAAUGUCAGAAAGCAUUAAUACCAGCUAUUCUGGCUGGAAAAGAUAUUCUAGUUAGGGACAUUACGGGGUCUGGAAAAACGUUUGGUAUAGUUUUAGCAUUACUCAAUCAGUCUAGAAAACAAGUAUUUGUGAACCAUCCCACUAUGAAAAAACCCUGCGUAACUAGUAUAUUAGUCGUUCCCAGUCGCGAGUUAGGAUUUCAAAUUGAAAAUUGGAUACAUAUGCUAUUAAUUGAUUCCGGUUUGCCCUUGAAAUCAAUUAUUCAGGUCGUUGCAAAGACCUCUCAGCAGGAUGAGAUCAGGCAAUUGGAUGAUUUGAACAACACUCCUCCACAUAUAUUAGUAGGCACUGCAACAAGACUCAGUGACCUUACCGCAGAAGGUUUAUUAACUUUUUCCAACCUAAGGACUCUUGUGUUAGACGAAGCAGAUCAUCUAUUAAGACUUCCCACUAAACAUGCACCGUUAAAGAGGAUUCGAAACAGACUGAUUCAUCCAAAGCCGGCAGAAUUGUUAACUCGAAAAAUUUUCGAGCAGGCUAGGCCUCAACUUGUGGUGUCUUCGGCUACUCUAAAUCGCGCAUUACGAUUUUAUUUUAAAGAUAAUGAGUACUCCGAAGAUCCAAUAUUUGUUGAUAUGACACAAGGAACCUUAUCACCACCGACGAUCGAACAUUAUUGUCUUUUGGUUUCAUCAAAAGAAAUCAAGAAUAUAACAUCAGCUGAUUUUUCGGAUGGGCAUAAUAAAUGCAAUGUUAAAAGUUUUGAGGAACGAACACAGGAUUUCGAUGAUGAUGAUGACCGGAUGCUGGAUAGUGUUGCUGGCGCAAUUGAGCUUGAAAAUGUGCAAAGUGGCUUGAUCUUUGUGAAUAAUAAAAUCAAUGUACCAGUGGUGAUCGAACGUCUUAAACAGUUUGGCGUAACUGCAAAGGAAUUAGCAACUUCGUUUAUAAACAAAGAAAUCAAGAGUUCCCCAUGGAACAAUCCGUCAGAAUCAACAUCAGGGACAAUAUUCGUCGCUCCUGAAUAUACUGCCCGGGGUAUUGAUAUCUCUUCUGUAUCGCACGUAUUUAUUUUGGGUAUGCCAUCUUCAUCGACUGAAUAUUUGCAUAUGUCUGGACGUACUGGAAGGAUGGGUCGUAGUGGAAAAGUUAUUACCAUUAUAAGAGAAGGUCAAAAAAGAUUAGCAAGAUCAAUGUUUUCCUUGCUAAAUGUGAUUCCGAUUCCUUAUCCACAUGUGCAAUAG